AUAAAUGAUUUGCAAAUAACUUGUUUCGAGUUUCCAAAGCGCCCCUUUUUUUGUAACUCAAUUUGCACUCCCGACUGUUUGUUUAAUGGUUUGAGCACAUCGGCAUCUCGUUCAGGGGAAAAGGUCCGAGCUUGGAAUCUUCUUUUUUGUUAAAGAAAUACUACAGUUGUUUGUCUCUCUUUCGAAGAAAUGGCUUGUGUGAAGCUGGGAUCCAAAACUGAUGCUUUUCAGAGGCAAGGACAGGCUUGGUUUUGCACAAGUGGUCUUCCAAGUGACGUGGUUGUCGAAGUUGAUGAAAUGUCGUUCCAUCUUCACAAGUUUCCAUUGCUUUCAAGAAGUGGGGUCAUGGAACGCCUCGUAGAGGAGGCAUCCCAAGGAGAGGAAGCCUGUGUCAUUAAGCUACUUGAAAUUCCCGGCGGAGCGAAGACAUUCGAAACAGUAGCCAAAUUUUGCUAUGGAGUCAAGCUCGAACUCACUGCUGCAAACGUUGUGCAUCUCCGCUGUGCAGCUGAGUAUCUUGAAAUGACCGAAGAGUAUGGCGAGGGGAACCUUAUCUCUCGAACAGAGAGCUUCCUCAAUCAGGUGGUUCUUGAAAACUGGAACGAUUCUUUGCAGGCGCUACAGGCAUGUGACGAUAUCCUCUCCCAUGCUGAGCAACUCGGUAUCCCAAGACGAUGCAUUGAUUCUUUGGCUUCCAAGCCGUGUAUGGAGCAAAAAUUGUUGGGAUGGCCCGUGAUGGAGCAUGGAGGCCCGUUGCAGAGCCCCGCGGGGAGCGUAUUGUGGAACGGGAUAAGUACUGGUGCUCGACCAAAGAGCUCGAGUUCGGAAGAUUGGUGGUAUGAUGAUGCAUCUGUUUUAAGUUUUGCACUCUACAAAAGAUUGAUUCUGGCCAUGGAGUCUCAGGGUGUGAAGCCGGAAAUCAUUGCCGGCUCCCUCAAUUCAUACGCGAAAAAGUACCUUCCGGGGCUACACUGGAGUCGUGGCCCCACCGCGCCUAGAAACCAUCAGGUGGGAUCGUUGUCGGAGGAGGAUCAGAAGGUUCUCGUUGAAGAGAUCGAUUACUUGCUUCCGUUGGAGAAGGGCCUCGUCUCAUCAAAGUUCCUCUUUGGUUUGCUCAAAACAGCCAGGAUUCUUCGAGCAAGCCCCUUGUGUGUGUCGAAUCUGGAGAAACGGAUAGGGUUGCAGCUCGAUCAGGCAGCGCUCGAGGAUCUCCUGAUGCCAACCUUCAUGUACUCGAUGGAGACGCUGUACGAUGUUGACUGUGUGUCACGUAUUCUUGAUCAUUUCUUGGCUAUGGAUCAGGUUGCCGCCUCCCCAGGCUCAUUCGACGAAGGCCAGCUGUCUCUCACGCCUAUGACGAUGGUCGCCAAGCUCAUCGAUGGCUACCUCGCCGAGGUUGCUCCGGACGUCAAUCUGAAGCCCCCCAAGUUUGAGGCUCUGGCUGCAGCCGUCCCCGAGUAUGCUCGGCCGUUGGACGACGGGCUUUAUCGCUCGAUCGACAUCUAUCUGAAGUCGCAUCCAUGGCUGGCAGAUGCCGACAGGGACCACCUAUGCCGGCUGAUCGACUGCCAGAAGCUCUCGCUGGAAGCUUGCACGCACGCAGCUCAGAACGAGCGGCUGCCGCUGAGAACGAUCAUCCAAGUUCUCUUCUUCGAGCAGCUGCAGCUGAGGACUUCGGUAGCCGGCUGCAUGCUCGUGUCGGACAACCUUGAAGUCUCGGGACAGGCGCCGGAAGAGGAUGGCUGGACGACGAAGGACGUGAGGGAGAAGCACGCGCUGAAGGAGAAUAUGGAUAACAUGAGAAGUCGGGUUUCGGAGCUGGAGGAGGAGUGCUCGAAGAUGAGGGAGGAGAUAAGGAGCUUGGGCCGUACGAGGAGAGGAAGCAUUUGGGGGAAUGUGGCGAAGAAACUGGGCUUCAAGUUCCAGAUGUGCAGCGCGGAAGAGGGGUCUGUUAGCAAUCAGAAGGAGGGGAAUGACAAAUCUAAGCUAAGGAAUGACAAGGAGAAGAAGAUACCAACUUCUAAUGUUUAAGUUUGUCUAUAUUUUUGUAUCUAGCUAGGCCUCAUUUAAUUUGUCUACAUUGCAGCUAAAGUAAAAACCGAACCAAAAACCGAAUGCUGAGUAUUAUCUACUUUGGUAGAGGGGGGCUUGGCCUAGCCCAUGGUACCAUUCUUUGUUAUAUUGAUCACCCAAAUUUAGAUUAUUCAUAUA